GCGCCCACUUCCGGUUCCGGGCGCAAAGGCCCCACGUGUUCCGGCGCGCCGGGCCCCGCGCCGCUCGGGUUCCGCCGGGCCAUUUGGGCCGGUGAGGAGGAGAGAGGCCAGCCGGGGCGGAGCCGCCGGGGCUGUCCCUGGGAAGAGCCCGUGGCCGUGUCCAGGCUGGGCCAGGGGCACAGCCAGCCGGAGCUGUCGAUGGUGUGAAACCCCCAGAGGCGGGAGAUGGCAACGGCCGCGGACUGGGAGGAAGAGGGGAUCCUGAUGGUGAAACUGGAGGAUGAUUUGGCCCGCCGGCCGCCCCCCGGGCGGGAGGAGCCCGUGCUGGAGAGCUCCUACCAGAACUUCCGCUGCUUCCGCUACCAGGAAGCCGCCAGCCCGCGCGAAGCGCUCGCCAGACUCCGGGAACUGUGUCGCCAGUGGCUGAGGCCCGAGAGGCGCACGAAAGAGCAGAUCCUGGAGCUGCUGGUGCUGGAGCAGUUCCUCACCGUCCUGCCGGGAGACCUGCAGAGCUGGGUUCGGGGCCAGCGGCCAGAGAGCGGAGAGGAGGCCGUCACGCUGGUGGAGGGUUUGCAGAACCAACCCGGGAGCCCGAGGCGGUGGGUGACCGUCCGCGUUCAUGGCCAGGAGGUCCUGUCGGAGGAGACGGCGCACCCAGAGCCAGAGCCCCCGCCCCCCAGUGAGCCGCAGGGUCCGGCGCAGAGCACGGGGCAGCCCCUCGAGGACGCCGCCCCGAGCCCGGAGCUGGGGGCUGCAGAGCCGCAGAGCCCUCACAGAGAAGAGGGGCUCUGGCCCCCUCAAGAGAGCGGUGGGCAGCCUGGACCGGGAGGGGCGGGGCUCCCCUCUUCCGGAACCCUCCACACUGUAGUGGGAGAGCUCUGGAGUGGCAGCUGCUGGGGAGACAGUUGGCUAGAACCCCCUCCCCGCACGGGCUCGCGUUGCAGCGCAGUGCUUUUGCUUGGUGGUGGCGUAGGUGGUGGCGUGGGUGCCUGGGUUCCCCUUACGGGGAAUUGGGGACGCCUUCCUGGGUCAGUGCUGGGGUUCACGCUGUGCACUGAUGGCUGCCACCUUUUCUUGUUAGAGGCCCCAGUGCCCCAGGAACCCGGCCCUCCCGCGGAGCUAGGCACGGGGGACCCCAGCAUGGCGGCCCUGCUCACCGCGCUGUCACAGGGGCUGGCAACGUUCAAGGAUGCGGCCGUGUACCUCUCCCAGGAGCAGUGGGGCUGCCUGGAGCCCACGCAGGAGUUCUACGGCGAGUACGUGCUGGAGCAGGACUGCGGCGUGGUGGUCUCGCUCUCGUUUCCGGUGCCCAGACUCCAUGACACCCACCUGGGAGAGGGGGAGCCGCCGGUCCCAGACCACUGCCAGCCUGAGGAGCCAGGGGUGCUGGGCUUCGCCCCCUCAGGAGACGGGAGUGGAGACGAGCAAGAGCGCGCAGGGCGGGAGGAUCCGCGCGCCCCGGGAGGCCGGGCGGCACGGCAGGCCCCGAGCCACGCUGCCGAGGACCGGAGGGACUGGAGGGAGCGGCCUGACUGGGCGCCGGCGAGUCGGGUCACCGGUCCUGAGGCGCCCGCGCCGCCCUCGUCGGAGCAGGGUCAGAGCUGCCCCGUGUGCGGGAAGCGCUUCAGGUACAGCUCCAGCGCCAUGAGACACCUGAAAACCCACUCGGGCGAGCGGCCCCACAAGUGUGCCGAGUGUGGGAAGGCUUACACGCGGCGCUCGCACCUGGCCCGGCACCAGAAGGUGCACCGACGCCGGCCGCGGCGCCCGCGGAGGGGCGCGGAGGAGGCCGGCCCGCGGCGCCGGGAGCGGCGCUUCGCGUGCGAGGAGUGCGGGAAGCGCUUCCCCUGGAGAUCGGACCUGGCCCGGCACGAGCGCACGCACACCGGGGAGCGGCCCUUCUGCUGCACCACCUGCGGCCGCGGCUUCGCCCAGAAGUCGGUGCUGGUGGCGCACCUGGCCACGCACAAGCGGCCCUACGCGUGCGGCGAGUGCGCGGCCGAGUUCAGGGACCACCGGGACUUCCUGGGCCACCAGGCCAUGCACGCGGUGGUGCGGGAGCUCAACUCGCACCCGCCCUCCGCCCAGGAGGCGGGGCAGCGGUCCUGCCAGUGCACCGCCUGCGGGAAGAGCUUCAGCCGGAAGUACAACCUGGACCGCCACCGCUGGAGCGCGCACGGGUGGAAGACCUAGCCCCGCCCACCGUGCCACCACCGCCGGAGCGCGCACGCACGAGAGGAAGCCCCGGCCCCGCCCACCGUGCCCCCACCCACCGCCACCGCCAGAGCGCGCACGCACGGGAGGAAGCCCCGCCCACCGUGCCGCCGCCCGCCCACCGC